AAAGCCUGCACUCAAAUUAAACACAGACCAGAGCUAGUUCUGCUGUCUUUUUUCUUCUUCCUUUCUUUUGUGGGUUAGAAGCUAGCUAGUAUUGCUGUAGGUAUAUACAUUGAUGGAGCACAACCUUAGUUCAUCAAGAACUGACAGGAAAUUAAUAGAGAGGAAUAGAAGAAAUCAAAUGAAGGAACUCUACUCCCAGCUUAAUUCUCUUGUACCCCAUCAAAGCUCAAGGGAGCCAGUGCUGUCAGUGCCUGAUCAACUAGAUGAAGCUGCAAGCUACAUAAAAAGGUUGCAGACUAACUUGGAGAAGUUGAAGGAAAAGAAAGACAGUUUAAUGGGAAUGGAAAAGGCAGAUUAUACUAGCAAGAAUAGUGGUAGUGGAACAACAGCCUGUUUAAGAUCACCACAAAUUAAGGUUAUUGAAAUGGGUUCCACUUUAGAGGUUGUUUUGAUGAAUGGCCUGGACAGUCGGUUCAUGUUCAAUGAGAUCAUUCGUGUGCUUCAUGAAGAAGGAGCAGAGAUUAUUAAUGCCAGUCUUUCUGUUGUAGAAGAUACUGUAUUCCAUACAAUACAUUCUAAGGUAUAGCAGCUACCUAGGCAGGUUGGAGAUUCUGCCCACAGUAUUAAUGGAGCUGCGAGGAUAUCUCACAGGCUAAAGAAGUUUGUCCAAGACGAUAAUGAGUUUUAAAUUGUAAUUUGAGAUUUGCUGGUUAAGUUAAGUAUUCAUGGAGAUCUCAUAUGCAUGAGUUUCCUACCCAGAAGACUGACUCAAUCAUGUCGAAUAUUUGCUUCUUGCCAAUAUAAUUAAAGAUUAUUAAUAUAUUGUUCUUUC